AUGGCGUCAUCUGAAAGAGAUCUCCCAGCAAGCGAUUGGGACAAUUUCAAUGAGGACGCUGUCGUGAUGAGUAAGUAUGGCCGUCAUAAGGACGAAGCUACUGGCCGUUGGGUGUGGAAUAGUCCUGUGAUUUCGAUCAAUGCACAAAAAUUUGGCGAAGACAGAGGCCUUUAUAUAGUUGAAGCAAAGGGAAACCUGAACAAAAAUAGACGCCCAGAAGCUGGCCAUUAUUUGAAUCAUUUGCUUAAUGAGAGUUUUGUAAUGAAUGGACCCGGCGAAAGCGUCACCGUUGUGAAAUCUUUUGAAGAAAUGAACCUAAAUUCGAGACUUAUGCAAAACAUUCAGGGAAAGAAUUAUUUCGAACCAUUACCAAUACAGAGAGCAACAUUUUCGUUAAUUCAAGCUGGCUUCGAUGUAAUUGGGCAUGCAAUAACAGGCGGCGGGAAAACGGCUGCAUUUUUAAUACCAGUAAUAAAUCAUAUUUCAACUCAAAAAAGCAAAGCUGGGUCCGUAGAAAAUACAUAUCCUUAUUGCAUAGUCGUUUCUCCAACUAAAGAACUUGCUGAACAGUUAUAUGAAGAUACGUUAGUAUUUUCUGCCGGUUUGAAUUGCACGGCUGUGCUAAGCUUCGGUGAGAUACCUCGUCAAGACAACAUUGCCCGUAUCAAAGAAGGAUGUGAUAUAUUCAUUUGUACGGUUGGGCGACUUUGUGACUACCUUCAGAAUGAAGUUUUAGAGUUGCGCCAUUUGCACUUUUUGGUCUUUGAUGAAGCAGAUAGGCUGUUACAAAUGGAGGGGUUUUACCAUGAUUUAAUCGAAAAUCUUUUACCAAAAUGUCGUGAUAUUCCAAACCUCCGAAAAAUGUUAUUUAGUGCCACGGAUUAUAACGACCUCGCUGAACUGAAAAAUGAAUUUUUGAUGCCGAAUGCUACAAAAGUUGUCGUUGGUGCUCUGAACAGCGUAAAUCCCUUUAUCGAGCAACGGGUUUUGAAAGUGGAAGUUCAUGAAAGACGUAAAGUACUGUUGGAUUUGAUACAGGACAUGUACUUAAAUAUGAACGAUAACCCACUGUCAAAAACAAUUAUUUUUGUUAACACAAAACGUUUCGCAACAGUUAUUGCAUCUUAUCUUUCGUUGAAAGGAUAUAAAGCUUAUCCAAUUCAUGGAAAUCUUACUGCGAAAUUGCGGAGGGAAGCGAUUGAAGCUUUGCAAUCCGGUGAUUGCCACAUAAUAGUAUCUACUGACGUAGCUGCGCGAGGUCUGGAUAUCAAGGGCAUAUCACACAUAAUAAAUUACGAAAUACCAAAACCUGAAAGCUUUCUGUCAUAUGUUCAUCGUGUUGGGCGUACAGGACGUGUUGGAAAUGUAGGCCGUGCAACGACAUUUUUUGCUCCAUCCGUGGAUCAUGGCAUGACUUUGAUUCUUUACAAAUGGCUUGAAAUGAAUAAACAAGCAAUACCUGCUUUCCUGCUUGAAGCCAAACACCGAAUAGAUACUGAAGAUUUGCAACGAAAAAAAAGGGAAGAAUAUGAGCAAGCAUUUAAUGAAAGCCACAUGGAAAGCAGUGAUAGGGAAAUGAAUCGUUAA